AACGGGUCGCGCGUUGACUACAUCCGACAUAUUAUACGUACCAGUACGCUGUAACGCCAGAAAUAGAUAUAUAUAAAGCCAGCAGUAACCGCGGCUUGUUUUCAAAUCAAUCAAAAAUGUUGCGCGUUCUGCUGGCCAUUUCUACCUGCUCUGUAUCUUCUGCUUAUAACGCGGUGAAGGAAGUGCCGGAAGGACCCUCGUCAUUCGUCUGCGUUGAUGGAUCCGAAAUUCUUCUCGCCCGAGUCUGCGAUGGAAAACCUGAUUGCCAUGACGUUUCCGAUGAAACUCGAAAACUUUGUCGUCACGUCGUAUGUCCAAUCUCCACCUUCCGGUGUGCCUACGGAGCAUGUAUACCCCGGGGAUCUCGAUGUGAUGGGAUUGAAAAUUGUGCGGACGGUAGCGACGAGACGCGCUGCAACGUAGCCGAAAUUUGCACCGAUCGUGAGUUUCAAUGCGUCGAUUCUCCCGAGUGCAUUCCGCUAAAAGAUAUUUGCAACGGCUAUUCGGACUGUCGGGAUGGCAGCGACGAGAACGCCACAACUUGUCUCGGCCAUCCGUGCCCAUCGCACACCUAUCACUGCUCUUACGGUGGAUGCGUUCACCAGGAAGUCAUGUGCGACGGUACCAAGGACUGCAUCGAUGCGACUGACGAAGACCCGGCUACUUGCAGAGCGAUGAAUUGCCGCGGCUCCGAAUGCAAGGGAUAUAAGUGCAGCGACCAAGAAUUCACCUGCGGAAGCGGUGGGCAGUGCAUACCUAAUAAUAAAGUGUGCGACGGAAGUCACCAGUGUAGGGAUGGUUCGGAUGAAGACAUCGAACGGUGCAGCAUGCACACGUGCCUACCAGGGUUCUUCCGGUGUUCCUACGGUGGUUGCAUACCGGAGAGCAAAAAGUGUAACUUCGAGCAAAACUGUCACGAUUGGAGCGACGAAGACGAGAAAAUAUGCGGCGUCAGUUUGCCGGAAGGAGCUUGCCGCUUGCCACCUACGAAACCUGGAACCCACUACAGAGUUUCAGGCUGUCCGGACUGUCGACCAGGCGAAGUUGUCGCGGAAUUAACGAAGCUCGAAUACUUCUGCGACAUCGAAGGAUCCCUCGAAGGCCCCGGCACAGUCUUCUGCGAAGACAACGAAUGGACACCUUCGAUCCCAACGUGUCCCACGGAAAGUGGGAGUAUAACUUGCCCACCUUUAGCUGCGCCUGGUGCGGUUAAAAGGUGCGAAGUGAAAUGGGGUCCUCGUGAAGGAUGGAUACCUUGCGAUCGUUACGUUCCUGUAGGCACUCAGGCUUUCUUGGAAUGUCCAAUUUACUACGAACCCGAAGCCGGAGCAUCUCACGCUACGUGUUUGCAUGACGGGACAUGGAGUCGAAAGCAUCUUAGCUGUAAACCGGAGUGCGGAAAUCGAGAUCUGUCGGUUCUGCCAUUGAUAGUUAACGGAUGGGAGGCGUCUUUGAGCGAUCAUCUUCCGUGGCAUGCUGCAUUAUUUUCAUUCGAGAAUGGAAAGCCGAGUUUUUUCUGCGGCGGAACUCUGAUCGCGGAACGUUUGGUUCUCACGGCUGGCCAUUGCGUGUGGCAAAGCGAUGUUGAUCUCUUGAAAGUCGUCCUCUGUGGUUUCUCGAGCGAUUUCGAUGGCCAAGGAGAAGAUACGCAGGUCUUCGAUGUAGAAAAUAUCGAAUUGCAGUAUUCCUAUCAGGACCGCGAAGGAAACUACGGCUCGGACCUUGCUAUAUUGGUCCUGAAAAAACCGGUGGUAAUUAAUUCGUGCGUCAAACCAGUCUGCAUUGAUUGGACCGAUGCCAAUGACGUGGUACAAAGAGACGGUGCUAUUGGACUGGUGAUCGGCAUGGGAAUAACCGAAAACGACACGUUCGGUGCAUCGCUUAGGAUGGCGUCCGUGGAGAUAGUUUCAAACGAAAAGUGUUACCAAAAGCAAAAGAGGGAUUUCCGGAAGUACAUAACGUACACAUCGUUCUGUGCGGGAUGGGGAAACGGAACGGGGGUCUGCAACGGGGAUAGCGGCGGCGGUUUGUUUCUUCCUAAGCCAAAUUCUACGCGCUGGGAAAUACACGGCGUUGUUUCCAUCAGCCCGAGACGUUUAGGGACCAGCUUUUGCGAUCCAAAUUAUUACACCAUAUUCACAAAGGUUUCGGCCUACGCUACGUGGAUUAAAAAAUAUAUUGACAAUACACCUGUGAUUGGUCCAUCCAAUUUAUCAGACUUUCCGAAUCAUGAUACGAUUGGAUAGUAUCCUUCUAUUUUCGAGAAAUCAUUUCUGGAGUCCUAUCUCGACAGUGAAAAAGUAUAUGUUACAUUGAACGAACCAUUUUUGUAGUUACUCUUAUUGUUAGUUACGUCUAUAAAUAUCGAAUUAUGUAUGACUCAAAUGAGGGAAAUUAUUAUGCAAACAAUAAUUCGACAUAACAUCUUUUGUUUAGUCUUCAUUUCCUCUUUUUUUUUUUUGAACUUGCGUGUAAAUAAUAAUUGACGUAUGAUAAUUAUUUUUUAAAUAUUUUUUCUCACUUCAAAAACAAGCUAUAACAUCAACAACCGUAACAACCAAGAUUAUCAGAUAUCUAUUUAUAUAUUAAUAUUUCAAUUAUUUUAAACGUUCCAAAUUUUUUCUUAUGUGCAUAUUUAUAUUGUGUAUCAUGUACAUGCGUGCUUACUGUCCCGACUCACAGUUUAUCAAUUAUUAUUUAUUAAUUGAAAAAAAAUAUCGAAAGUAACAUGCUUCAAUUAUUACGUGCAAGUUAACCAUAUGAAACGCUGGAAAACAAUUUUCACUUGGUAAAAAGAAAUGAAGCAUAUCUACUUGAAAAAUCGGCCCCGAUUAGUUCGGCGAUAAGAAAUAUUUAUUAACGCAAAGAAACUGUUAAUAGAUAGGAUAGUGGAAUCUGUAGGAAGAAAGUGAGUAAGUAAAACUAAAAUCAAUCUCAGACAGACUGACCGACAAGAUAUAUCGCGAUGUAUUUGGGUAAAAAAAAAGUUCUCAAGUGACGUCUUGACAAAGUUAUCACAAAUUUUAAACCACUAAAAAAAUGUAAACAAUAAUAAUAAUCAUAAUCAUAAUAAUAAUAGUAGUAGUAGUAGUAGUAGUAAUAAAAACAAUAGUAAUAAUAAUAAUGAAAUAAGGAAGGAAAUAUAUUCACUGUAAUUACACAGCACCAAAUAAUCCACUUAAUAAUCGUUUUCCUUAGUCUGUUUGGCAAGUAAAAGUUUAAAUGGUAAAUUAAUUAACAACAUGAUGCAUUCGUGAAAAUAUGAAGAGAAUAUCGGAUUCCCUGCGUCAUUUAAUCACUCCAUAUUCUGUCUCAAUUUUGCUAAUCAUUACUACAUGUGAUGAAAAAUGUAUUUAUUGUGUGUUUUAUUGCAUAUUGCAACUAAAUUAUUUAAUGUAAUAUGGGAGAAUGAUUCUGUACUUGUAU